AUGGCACAGGCGGCAAAUUGUGAGGCUGGACUGAGGGCGCACAUUGGACGCGUCUCGGACGAAGGCCGUGAGCGGGUUCUUGUCCACUUGCGGUCUGGUGAAGGGUUUCUGUGUGUGUUCUCCAUCACAGAAGAUGACUCAUUCCAAGCUACCCAAGAGUUCAGGGAACAAAUUCUGCGAGUUAAAAAUGAUGAGCACAUUCCAUUUUUGCUGGUAGGCAACAAAGCUGACCUAACUGAACGCAGGAAAGUGUCAGAAGAGGAAGCCAAGAACCGUGCCGAACAAUGGCGUGUGCCUUAUGUAGAGACCUCGGCUAAGACCAGAGCUAACGUUGAUAAGGCUUUUUAUGACCUGACCCGUCUGAUCUCUGCCAGCAAGCAACAGGCAGACAGUCCAGCUGAGGCUGAGAACAAGCCCACCAAGUGUUGCUGCAUCUCAUAGUGACUCCAUCACUAAAUCUUCAUUGCCAUACAUCAAAUUUGUCGGUACCACCUAUCCAAGAUAUCAGCCUGAAACACACUUAAACUGUCUAUUAUUAAUAUUUUGAAGACCAGUUCUUAAACUUUUUUUUUUCUUUUGUGUGUGUAUGUGUGUGUGUGUACUGUAGCAGGAAUUACUUAAUACAGGUGCAAUUUUGUACUCACUGUUAGACUUGCUAACAACUUGAGUAUAUAGUUACUGCCACAUUUUUAUUUUAUAAACUUAAAGAAAAAAUGUACUGUAUUAAUUUAUAUGGAAAAGGAUUGACAUUGUACACCUAUUGUGAUGGACACUUUUAUCUUUCCAUUUUUAUAUUUUCUAACCCAUUUUGUUUGGGGUGGUAAAGAAUUAUAUCUUCAUUGAUGAUUCAUCUAUCUCUUAGAUGAAUUUGCCCAUUGACUGCAUGUAUCCACAUUUGUUCAACAAAUGAAUAACCAGACAUUAGUUUGAACAUCAUUGUCUGAUAAUAUUCUUUUCCAUUUAAUAUACUCAUAGUGCUAAGUGUGCCUCAUGUAUUGUACAAGUUUGACCUACAUUAUAUAUUUUACUAUUUAUCAGUUUACUGCUGAUGGGUAUAAGAUAUGAGGUGAUGAAAUCUGCAAGAUAUGGGUCAGUAGAUAUAAUUAAUCUAUCAAAGACAGAGCUCAAAAGAUAUUCAUAGAUUUUGUUGAUAAAAAUUCUUAAUGAAUUGUCAAUAUUAAGUUUUGAUCAUUCCUUGUGUUAUUUUUUUUUCCUCAUUUUUUUGGCAAAAUAUUUGUUUUCAAAUAAGUUAAUGAGCAUGUCAGUGCCCUCCCAUUCAACUUGAAGAGCUUAAUAAUAUACAGUACUACAGAUUGUGAUUCAGGUACUUUGAAAUUUGGCUGAUUUACUAAGCCUUGCACAGUUGUCCCAAAGAAUUUUCAAGCAUAUAUUUCUGGCUACUAAGGAAAGUUACUCUUGAGUGGGAUUGGAUUUGUUUUGCAUUCCAAAGACCAUUUCCAUUCCUUCUGCUUAAGACUUAAAUCAUUCAUUACUACUUUACACAUGAGAAGCAACAGUUCUUUGUAGGUUUUGUGUCUUAGCUAUGACCAGCAUGUGUGUCAUGUAUCAUACCUGUACUCUCACUCACUCACUGUCUUCACAAACUCUACUGGAACACCAAGGUCUCUUGCCUGGUUAAUCAUAACAUCAAUUUUUUGAGACAUUAGAUACAUAUUUUCACUUAUUUAUAUUUUCUGUUUUUGAACAUUAUAAAAUAUUAUUGUUGUUGUGAUUAAUUUAAGCUAGUUAUUAACCAGGUCUUCAAAGUUCAGGGGUUGUAUAAUUUCAUUCUUACCUGUAAGAAGUGGAAUGUAACAUGAUACAAAGAAUUACACCACUUUUCCUGUGCCUUUCAUUUAUUCUUUAAAAACAGUUCUAAGUAAAAUUUGCCAUUGCUGUCAGAUUAUGGGAUAGUCAUUAUUUUAAUCAUAUUUUCCUGUUAACAAUCAUUUUCCUAUUUUACCUUUUAUCAGAAUAUAGAAUUUCAUUAUUAAAUCUUCAUGAAAAAAAGUAAAAUAUGUUUUUUUCAGAUUGAUUUAGUAGACAUCAAGUCUUGUAAUAUUGAAAUAUAAUUACCAUUUGCAUUAAAAAUCAAGUUUUCAUAUGUGCAUAGCAUUAUCAUGCUACUUUUUCCUAGAAAAUAAUGUGGGUACUCAGAUAAUUCUGUUUCCAUUGUGUAUCUUUGGGUAAAUUAACAAGUAUAUUUCAGAUUGCUGUAACCUUCCAUGAUACAUUUAUUUUUAGGUCGAGUGGCAUGGCACCACUACUUUCAUAUAACUUUUGGUAGUAAGCCUUCAUGUGAUGUGCAGAUGUUUGUUGCAACUGUAAAUCGUCCCUUAUAAAAUAUAAAAACCAAAAGUUGCAAAUUACUUUUCAGUUAUACAACUCACUUUCUAUGAUCUGUGGAAAAUAACAAAUUCCAUAUGCCUUGCUUAACCCUUUCAAGGUCCGUGCCUUAGUACUAUGACUUUGAGCUCAGGGUCUGUGCUGUUGAGCUACCUGAUGUGCUCAACUCACUCAGAUAAGCUGUGAGCGGUAAAUUUUGGCCUAGAUAAGAGAGAGUGGGUCUAUGCGGUGAGUGUGCACCAUAAAAUAAAAAAAAUCCUGCCCCACACAGUGCAUAAUGGGAAAAACAAAACUGUAACCACGUGUAUGGCUGAAAAUAGUGAAUUUGUCAUGUAUUUUCGGAUGAUUUUCUUAAACUGAUUGGGUUCAGGACUGAGAGUAGCUGAAACUGAGUUCAAAGUAGCAGAAAUACUCAAUUUUUGCCAGUAUUCCAGAGGACACAAAUCACGUUACUCAUCCAGUACACAUCCAGCUGGUCAGUGUAAUACCUAUUCAUGAAUGUACUGACAUUAUUUAUACAAUUACUAUGUACAAUAAUGCAGUAGUCUACAUAACAGUAAAUAGUCUAUUUUUAGUGGAUACAAAUUCAAAAUAGAAAGCAAGUGUAAUAUAGGAGAGGCCUGGGGAUAUAACUAAUGAACACAGGAAAUAUUGUUUUAGUGCCAGGAAUGUCUAUUUAUUCUGGACCUUAUUUUUAAACUGGCAUUUUUUUUUAACUUUGUGUGAAAUUGGCCAAAUUAUUGAUUUCUGAUCACUUUAUUAGGUAGUUUCUUGUGUUUAGUCAAUAGACUGGAAGGUGUACUAGUGAAAUAGCUAAGAUUUGGUUGACUGAAACAAUGGAAUUAGCCUAAAAUAGGACUCAAACUGGGUGAAAUUGCCAGUGCAUAAAUAUCGCCGAGACCGCAAA